AUGUCGCUAACGUUGUUGGUGACGAAGAGACCAUCGUACCAGCAAUAUGAACGUCGAGGAUGUGAUGCUGAAACUGCUUUAAACGAGCAUAAAGCUGCACAGGCUACUCGUGAGCAGGGGAUCCUCAAGCGCCUGAAAUCACAAAGUCGACGCACUCAAAGCCAAACAAACCAAGAGUUUGAUCUGGAGAAUCCCGACAAUGAUCCUCUCCUCGACGCACUUUCUUAUCUGGAGCUUCAUGGAUCCGAAAUUCGUGAAGGCGUGGCAAAUGCUAGUGCAGGAUUGUCGACGCUGUUCCCCUACUUCUUCCCGAAGAAAGAGGAGCCCCCGACUUUCCUUGCCCUUGCCAAGAGCUUCAAUUCAUCAGAGGACCUUGGACUGAAGAUGCGCCAGGAAAAUAUGAAGAUUGCUGUCGAAAGCACUGUUGCCCUGGUUGCUGACAUUGCACUUUUUGAGUUGAUUGAGACUUAA